AUGCCGCCCAAGCAGGAUGACGGCCAGGGGCAAGGGUCGCCCGGCGGCAGCCUGUGCUUGUGGAUGGUGACGGUGCUGCUGCUCCUCUCCCUGCUCGCCGGCGGCGGGUGCCUCGCGGGCUACAUCCUGCUGCCGCCGCACGAGGCGCCGGCGUGGCUCCCCGCCGUCGGCCUGGCGCUCGUCGCGCUCCCCUGGGCGUUCUGGAUCCUCACGUGCGCGUACCGGUGCGUCGCUGCCCAGGUCGCCGAGCGCAGGAUGAUGGCCGUCGCGCCGGUGGCCUCCGGCAGCAUGUGCUCGCGCUCCGGCUCAUGAGCAGUAAGCUUGUUAUUAGGAUCACUGAAGAUGCAAACGAUGUGAGGCGACAGAGAGAUUAAAUUUCGUCAGCUCAGUCUACAAAUUUGAUGAAAACUGGAGGAUGCCAAGAAUCUGGAAAUUAUUGGAGAUGAAGAACUGUAAGGCCC